AUGGGAUCCGUAGUGGGUGAGAAAAUAACUCGGUUGAUCGAAUAUGCUACCAAUCAACUUUUACCUCUUAUUAUAGUAUGUGCGUCCGGAGGAGCGCGUAUGCAAGAAGGAAGUUUGAGCUUAAUGCAAAUGGCUAAAAUAUCUUCUGCUUUAUAUAAUUAUCAAAUCAAUCAAAAGUUACUCUAUGUAGCGAUACUUACAUCGCCUACUACUGGUGGGGUAACAGCUAGUUUUGGGAUGUUGGGGGAUAUCAUUAUUGCCGAACCAAAAGCUUACCUUGCAUUUGCGGGUAAAAGAGUAAUUGAACAAACGUUGAAUAAGGAAGUGCCUGAAGGUUCCCAAUCGGCUGAAGUUUUUUUCGAAAAAGGCUUAUUGGAUGCAAUCGUAUCACGUGAUUCUUUAAAGGACUUUUUAAGUGAGUUAUUUGAAUUCCAUGGUUGCUUUCCUUGGAUUGAAAAUGAAAACUAA